GAGUCUUCCUGCGUCGGGCCGCAGAGCGAGUCGGGAAACGAUUUUAAACUGAGGAGGCGCUGGGGGUCGAAUUGCCGCUUCUCAACGGCGGGAUUUCGGAUCUGGCCUUGGUCCCUGAAGGGCUCAGGUGGAGAGGGGCGAGUUGGGACAAAUUGCCCCCUGCCCUUCCCCACCGCGAGCAGAAGCCAGCUCCGCAGGAACGAGGGUCGCAGAGCUGGGUGGCUGGGUCAGCGGAAAUGUCCCUCCUGGGGUGAAGUCGCAGGGCUCACCUGGCGUCGGAGGGAGCGGAGGUCUCCUUACUGAGCAGGUUUGUGUCCCUCGGGAACCCACUUGUUGUGGAGCGAGAGGGAAUUUGGGAGGGCCAGCGAUUCCUCCGGACUCUCUCGUAGCUGUCAUUUUGGCGGCUUUUUUACUUCAGGGGAUUUCAGUCCUGCCAUAGUUCUGGAUGCAGACUUGAAGAACGAUUCGUGAGGCCGGAAUGGGAGACAGCGUCAUCACGGCAUUUUAUUGACCAUGGAUUCUUGUGAUACACCAGAAUCGACUCCUAGACAAAGUGCCUCCUCAAGGCUUAAAGAUUACUUUAUAGGUGCCACUCCUCUGCAGAAACGAUUAGAGUCAGUCAGGAGGCAGACUUCAUUUGUCCCCACUCCGCCUCGAAGGAAAAUUCCCCAGUGUUCACAGUUGCAGGAAGAUGUUGAUCCUCAAAAGGUUGCAUUCCUUCUACAUAAACAAUGGACUUUAUAUAGUUUAACUCCCCUAUAUAAAUUCUCCUAUACUAAUCUCAAAGAGUAUUCUAAACUUCUGAGUGCAUUUAUUGCUGCUGAAAAGCAAAAAGGACGUGCUGUAGAAGUGGGAGAAGACUUCGACAUCAAAGUGAUUUUCUCUACUCUCUUAGGAAUGAAAGGAACACAAAGAGACCCUGAAGCAUUUCUUGUCCAGAUUCUGUCAAAAUCUCAAUUGCCAUCUGAGAACAGAGAAGGCAAAGUGUUGUGGACUGGUUGGUUCUGCUGUAUAUUUGGAGACAGUCUUCUGGAGACUGUUUCAGAAGAUUUCACCUGUCUACCCUUAUUCCUUGCAAAUGGAGCAGAGACUAAUACAGCCCUAAUUGGAACCUGGUUUCAGAAAACUUUUGACUGUUAUUUCAGUCCCUUAGCAAUCAAUGCUUAUAAUCUUUCCUGGAUGGCUGCUAUGUGGACUGCAUGCAAAAUGGACCAUUAUAUGGCUACUACUGAAUUUCUUUGGUCUGUACCCUGUAGCCCUCAAAGUCUGGACAUUUCUUAUGCCGUACAUCCGGAGGAUGCAAAAGCUUUGUGGGACAGUGUGCACACAACACCUGGGGAAGUUACUCAGGAGGAAGUUGACUUAUUUAUGGACUGCCUUUAUUCACAUUUCCAUAGGCAUUUCAAAAUUCAUUUAUCAGCCACAAGAUUGGUUCGUGUUUCAACAUCUGUAGCUUCAGCACAUACUGAUGGAAAAAUAAAGAUUCUGUGUCAUAAAUACCUUAUUGGAGUGUUGGCAUAUUUGACAGAACUGGCAAUUUUUCAAAUUGAGUGAGGCCUUGUGGGGACUAUAAAUUAUGGAUUAUAUACCUUUUUCUCUCUGAUUAUUUGCCUAAUUCUUAUGCUGAGAGGGACUGCAGGAGAAAUGAGCAUCUAUCUCUACAUCUGUUUUCCUUACAGUGCCUUUAGAGUUGCCCAGAUGAAAGCCAAGAAGGAUCUAGAAGAACAAAGAAGGUGGUAGUGGAUGAACCACAGCCAGGUCCUCGUGUAAUAGUCAUGAUGAUCUGGGAUGCCAGUCUCUAGAAAAUGCUGAGUUGUUAAUUUGUUGGCCAUCUUUCUAAAAAAUAUAUAAUGUUUAUUAUGUCAAACUUUUAGGGUUCAAAUGAAAUUAAUAUUGAGUAUUUUUGAUUGGGGUCUUUAAAACUUUUAAUCCCUGUUAAGCAUUUUAGACUUGCAUUCAGAGAUAAUUUCUCUCUUCUAAAGAUAUUUUCCUAGCAUCAUUUUGCUGUAGAGAACUGGCAAUCAAAAUCCUCUCCAAAGGAAACUAAAGAUUAAUAUACAUUUUUUAAGCCACUAAUAUGCUUCUGUUUUUAAUACUCUUCAAUUCUUAUUGCAAUGUUGAAUUAAAUAUUCGCUUUUAAACUGAAGCAGUGUGUUUAUCAGGGUCUUGGUGACAGAUUUUUAAUUAAUGUCUCAGGAGUGGGAAGUCCUAUGCUUUUUCUCUAGCACAAAAGUUACAAACCAACAAUUAUAUAGAAUUGUACAAAUUGUAGAGUUGAAAGGCACCUGUGAGCCUCUUUUGAGGGCAGAAAUUUUCUUGUUUAACUUUCAUGUCCCUAAUAUUGUUUUAGCACAGUGCUUGGUAAAUAUCUGUAGAUUAAGUGAAUGAAUUUUAACCCACUCUUCCAUUUUACAGAUGAAAACUAUGAGGUCAAGCAAUUUAAGAGACUU